UUAAUCUUGAUUUUUACUAAUAAUGAUGUUGUCAACAAUCUUGACUUUGACUUAACUUACAACAUAUAAUAGGUUCCCACAGUUCAUUGGUUCCCACUUUCAAUCGAGCUUUUAACAUUGUUCACAGCCUAAUUAUUAUUACAAUACUAAUAUCACCAACUAUUUAAUUUUUGUUUUCAUAAGUCUUCUAUCGUGUCCAACAUUUUGUACGGCAUCGAACCUAAAAAUGGAACCGAUAAUCCUGGUCCAUGGAGGUGCGGGCGAUAUUCCCGAUUCCAGAGUCCAGCCCAAAAUCGAUGGGAAUAAACGGUCAGUAGCGGCGGGAUACGAGAUCUUACGACGCGGUGGUAGUGCUUUGGAUGCUGUAGAGGCUGCUGUAAGGGUUAUGGAAGAUGAUGAGGCUUUUAAUGCAGGAUAUGGAUCUGUGUUGAAUUUAGAGGGUGACGUCGAAAUGGAUGCAAGUAUUAUGGUCGGGUCCGAUUUGAGGGCAGGAGCAGUAACAGUCGUGAGGGAUAUUGCGAACCCCAUCAGUUUGGCCCGAUUGGUAAUGGAAAAAACACCGCACAUACUCCUAGCAGGAGCGGGAGCCAACAAAUUUGCCAAUAACCAAGGCAUUCCGACUGUUGCUCCAGGAAGUUUGGUAUCACCGUACGCCCGAAAAGCUUUGGAAGAGUAUAAAAAGUCGAAAGAUCAGCGAACGGAAAUUGGAGAACGAGCUCCUGAUGGUGAUCCAGGUGAAGUGGGUACAGUGGGUGCAGUGGCCAUAGAUAAAAAUGGUAAUCUGGCUGCUGCAACUUCAACUGGAGGUAUUAACGGGAAGAUGGUAGGCAGGAGUAGUGAUACAUCGUUGAUUGGUAGUGGAACGUAUGCUGACGAUAAUAUUGGAGCUGUGUCUACCACAGGGCAUGGCGAAACUAUUGCCAAAUACUGCUUAGCCCAUGCCAUUCUAAAAGACAUGGAAUAUGGUAAUAGAUCUGCUAAUGACGCCACCAAUACCAUUUUAUCAGGAAUGACUCGUAGGCUGAACAAUACCGCAGGAGCUAUAACUUUGUCAAAAACAGGAGCCAUUGGUAUAGGUUUCACAAGCCGCAGGAUGUCAUGGGCCUACAGAAAAGAAAACGAAGUUCAUUAUGGAGUAAACAAAGGACAACAUGAAAUAGAAAUGAUUCAAUAAACACCAAUUUAAAAAUUUUACGGAUAUUAUAUUACUAAUAAAUAAUAUCACAACUAAAAAAAUAAUCUAAUACUUAAGAUUUCUGAAACAAUAAUAAAAACUAUUUACCUUAAAAUUUACCAACAUAAAAAAAUAAAUAAUGGUUGUUUCAGUAUAAUUUUCCGUUGAAACACCGAUAUAGUUUAAUAAUGCAUAAGUAAUUGAAUACUCAAUUGUUUGCCUAGUAAGAUUUAGCCAAAAAAAAAUCUUAGGAGAUCAUUAGGUAGGUACCUAAAUUUGUUAUACAUACUUACAAUGAGACAGUGGGAAGUUUGGAAUUUUCAUUUUCCAGUGAAAUAAGUAAAAAUUAUCAAUAUAUCAGGUGUAAUUCCACAAAGUUUCAGAAAUUUACCUGAAGUAACAAAAAAUUAUAGACUGCGUGCCCACUUCCUGUUGUCACCCAGUAUAGUUGCAGCUAAUUUGGAAAAAAUACCAUGAAAACAUGAGUUAUGAUAUGUAGCAUAAGGAUUGGGUGCAAAAGCCCAAUAUAAUGUUUUUGACGUUUGGCCAUUUUUAUUACUAUCAAAGCUAUUUCAAAAAUGAUUCUGGAUAAUUUCAUACAGCAAAUUGUAAUGGAGCUUAUGUGUUUUAUGAAGGGGUCAAAUACCAGGUUUGAUUGGAAACGAAGCUUUAGUUAUACAUAUUUACAAGAAUUUCUGCUCACCUAUAUUGAAACAAACAUGUUAAUAUAAAUUUUUAUAACAAAAAAAAAAAAUUGCAUCAUUCCCAAAAUCUCAAUAAACCAAACCCUAAACUUCUUCCAGAGAAUUUGUUAUAGGUGCAGUUUCUCCAUAACAGUGUUUAGCUUUGGGGUCUUUGUAAGAGUUUUCGUGCUGAACACUUUGAGAAUUUGUCCUACAUUUUGCAAGGCAAAGUUCGAAAUGAUCAGAAACAGAAGCAUAAAGGACAUUGUUUUGAUCAGUUGCCUUUUUUAGAAUGGUUUCUAAAACAUCUUUCUAGAAAAAAAAACAAAUAUUCGAGGAGGCUUCAAAGUACAUAAAUUGGUACUUACUUUAUCUGGGUGUAAACAACAAGAUAUACAGUACUCGUAAAUUGCACAGCAAUGAUUUAUAUUGCAUGUUUCGCAAGCGUAUUGAAAUACGUUUUGAGUUUCGCUAUUGCAGCAACCGUUGCUUAAGAUUUCGCUCCUCGGACAAACAUAGCCUCUAUCGUCCACUAUGAGUACUUUUCCCUGCACGGAAUUCCUGCAAGUAUCCUCAACAUCGUUUGUCACAUUGUGUUGCUGUAAAGUCCUCCAGAUAAACGGUUGCGUUCUUUUAAUAUGAAUAACUUCGUCGUUGUCUAGAAAUUCUGACUGAAAAGAAAACUAAAAAUACAAUAACACAAAGACAGGAAUAGGACGAGGCCUAAAAUAAUUCGGCGUCUCAGAAAUCGUAUAACAGCGGCGUACCACAUAUUUUUUGUUGCCAGUGAAACAUUUUUUAAAAAGAAAAUGGGAUAUUCAAGAAAAUGUUAAUAUGUAUGUCAACAUUUUCCCAUUUUCCUUUUAUUU